GAUAAAUAACCUAUAAUCUUGCGCCAAAUUUGCUGGGAGUUGAAAAGCUUGCCCAACGCGCACGGCGGCAACAUGCGACUUCGGGCGUGAUCGAUGACGCUCGGAUCGCACUUCGGGUUCCGCUUCCUGUCUAUGCAUAUCCGUCGUAAUCAAGCUCUGUUGUAACCAUGAGUACGUUUAAAGGGAAAAUCGAUGAAUUUCCAGGAAUAAGCAUCGACGAUUUUGAAGGAAACAACUUAAAAUCAAGCAUUUAUUUUCUAUCACAUGUCCAUACAGAUCAUAUGAGAGGCUUGUACCAAUGUGAGUUUCUCAAACGUCUUGCAAACGAAAAGUUAACAUUGUACUCCCAUGAAGUUUCGACAAUUUUCUUACGUAGUCGAUAUCCAGACUACGCUAACUGUUUCCAAUACUUACCGAUAAAUCUACCAACAACAUUGAAAACCGCUGACAAAUUUGAAUUCAACGUUACAUUACUACCAGCUGGACAUUGUCCAGGGUCGGUAAUGUUCCUUUUCGAAAGCGACAAACACACGGUGCUCUACACUGGUGACUUCAGACUUAAGUUAGCUGAAUUUAAAAAGUUCAAAGGGUUGUAUACUCCACAAGGUACUUUAAAACGAAUUCAGAAAGUUCAUCUGGAUACGACUUUUAUGUUCAAACGCUAUGAACAGUUUCCAUCACGAGAAGAAAGCCUGGGCGCCAUUUGCAAUUUAAUCGAAGAAUGGUUGGAACAAGAUCCGAAAAAUAUCGUUAAUCUGGACACACGUUAUCGUUACGGUGCUGAAUUUAUUCUUAGUAAAAUCUAUGAAAGAUUUAAAAUGCCAGUGCAUGUAGAUCAAAGAUCCUAUGAUGAGUUUUAUAAAUAUCUACCGAACAUGGAUAAAUGUGUUACACUAUCAAAAAAUACUCGCAUACACUCUUACUGUAAUGGCUAUAAGUCUUUUUGUUCCUCAGGAGAAACAACAAUACGUAAAAUUGUCAUAACCGCUAUGUUUUGGAAAGACUGGUCCAAAGAAAAACAGAUCAAUAUUUCCACAAGUAACAGCAACUUUUGUCGUGCCUGUUAUUCAACACACGCAUCUCUACAGGAAAUUCGCGACAUUCUCAAGUUUAUAAAACCAGAACAAGUGGAAGCAAACGUCGUGCCUGAAGAUGAUAUAUGUGACACGAAUGAAAUGUUGGAUUUGAUUGAUGAGUGCAUUGAAGGCAAUACACCGAUUAAACGUUCACCGAUGAAGAGUCGAUUGAGUGAAGAAAGCCAUUCAAAAUAUUAUGACUGUCAGAAGAAGACUGAUAAGGUUGAUACAAAAGGUAAUAAUAAUGUAAAUGUAGAAGUUAGUGAUGAUGAUGAUGUUUACGAUGAAGAAUUUCACAAAUUGAGAUCAGUUAAGGAUAAAAAUUUGAUUAAAAAUGGCGGAGAAAAACGCUGUCUUGAUUUUGAUCUCAGCAUGUUUGACUAGAGAAAGAAAAUAGUUUCUAGAUAAUUUUGACAGAUAAAUAAAUAGAUUUAGGAAAAUAUUAAAGUGAUUUAUAUAAGUUUAAUGUAGAAUCUUUAGCUUACAAUGUUUUUGUGGAUGCAGAUUUAAUGAAUAGUCGACUAAGACGAUUGUAUAACCAAUAAUUUCUUAUUUUGGGCCUAAAAAUCGUUGUAAUAGCAGACUAAUAAUUAAAUUUCAUUGAAAACUGCUAAAGAUUUAAGAGUGAACUUACAAAUCAGUUUAAUAUUCUCCUAAAUUUAUUUAUUUACGCGUCAAAAUCAUCUAGAAACUUGAAAUAUUAAAAAUACGUUAGUUAAGAGACGUAAAUAUGAUAAAAAUUAAUUAGACUUGAUUAGAAUAGCUUUUUUUAUAUAGUAGAUUACGUGAUAUCCACUUUUUAUAUGUUUUUAUAUUAAUAAUUUUAAAUGAUUGCGAAGUUGUGGCUUAAAAAAUUGCAAAAAUACUGAUUAUUCCAGUCAAUUUUAAAUUGGUAUUAAAUGAACAAACAAGAACAAACAUAUUUCUAUAUUUAUAUACAAAUAAUUUAUUUUAUCUUUCGCUUUAUCCAUUCUGUCAUAACCGUUCGAAUUCAAUGAAUGAUACAUGACAAUGACAAUCAUAAUUGAUCAAUAAUUCAAUUCGUUAAUUGCUUACGUUUAUAGAUAUAACAAUGUGGUGCGUUUGUAUUAGUAUAACUCAAAGCAGUCAAACCAAAUACAUUCCAACAUUCUCUGUAUUUCAUUAACGCAAAUAAACAUUUUUAUGUAUUUACUUGA